CCCCCCCCCCCCCCCCGUUUCUCAUUAGCAAGCUAAGCCUAGACGACUAUAUACAGUCGGUGAUCGAUCUCGCGAAAUGAUAACCGAAAUUCUGAAAUGGGUUUUCGUUUCGAAGAGAUUAAUGAGGUAGGGUUGUAAAACUAAUUAUCGGGCAGCAUAAUUCUAUAGUAAUUAUGUUGUCUCGAGAUGCCGGCUUUCGAACGAACUUCUUUGCGGCCGAAUACAAAAACCACACUCUGUAAAAAAAUGACUGCUUAAGUAUCAUGCAUUUUUCUCAUUGAUUUUCAAUGGUCUUAAAAAUUCAAUUAUAUUCCGUGGAAAACAUGCAUAAGAAUAUUCAUUCUUUUGUUCAUUCCGUAGAAAAUUACGUCUUCUUCCAAUUUCAUACUGGCUUUUAAAAGAGUUGAUAAUUGUGAGAUUUUUCUAAUACCGCGAAGUGACCGUUCAUAAAACGUCUCCUCUCAGCAUUUCCUAUUGUGCCUUGUAAAGUUAGGAACAUGGCUCAAAUCUACUGCUAAAUUUUAUGAAUCCCAUAUGGUCUCCUCUCGAUACCGUAGGGGAAUGUAUGGUCUUCCAUGCGCGGAAAAUGUACGGCUUCUAGUUUGGAAGCCCUGAAUGCAAGUGUAACGGCAGGUUGGACCCAAAAUUAGUCGGAAAUUUGAAAAGUUUUUGAAAACAGAAUUAUACCCUUUCUUCAUGUAUAAAGUUGGAAGAAAACGUAAUUUUCUACCAAAUGAGUAAGAGAAAGAAAAUUUUCGUGCAUGUUUUCUAUAAAAUAUAAUUGACUUUAUGAGGGCAUCGAAAAUCAAAGGGAAGAAUUCGGACUACCUACAGUAGGUGGGCUAUCUCAUGAAGUGUUAACCGAAAUUCCGAAAUGCGUUUUCGUUUCGAAAAGAUUAAUUAAGUAGGGUUGUAAAACUAGUCAGCCUGCAACAUAAUUCUAUAAUAUUUCAGUUACCUCAGAAUGCCGGCUUUCGAAUGAACUUCCUUCCGGCUGCAUGCAAAAACUAUUCUGUAAAAAGUGGCUACUUACGCAGCAGGCAUUUUUAUAAUUGAUUUUCGAUGCCCCUACAAGUCCAAUUAUAUUUCAUGUAAAACAUGCAUAAAAGUACUCAUUAUUCCGCUCAUUCGGUAGAAAAUAACGUCUUCUUUCAAUUUUAUACUCGAAGGGAGGAUAUUAUUCGGUUUUCAAAAACGUUUCUAAUUCCCGAAUAAUUUUUAGCCCGCUCUACCGUUGCACUUGAAUUCAGGAUUUCCAAACUACAAGCCGUUUCUAAUUGUGGGACUUCAAUACCGUAAAAUGGCCGUUCAUAAAACGUCAUAUCUCUGCAAUUGCCAAUGUGGUUUGUAAAGUUCAAGUUAACAAUAUGGAUCAAAUCCAAUUCUAAAUUUUAUGAACCGCAUAUGGCCUCUUAAUACCGUAGAGAAAUGUAUGGUUUUCCGUACACGAAAAUAUACGGCGUGUAGUUUUGAGGCCCUGAAUGCAAGUGUGACGGCAGAGCGGGUUCAAAAUUAUUCGGGAAUUAGAAAAGUUUUUGAACACCGAAUAACACCCUCCCUUCAAGUAUAAAAUUAGAAGAAAACGUAAUUUUCUACCGAAUGAGCAAGAGAAUGAAUACUUUAUGCAUGUUUUACAUGAAAUAUAAUUGGACUUUUAGGGGCAUCGAAAAUCAAUGAGAAAAAUUAAUGCUACUUAUGUAAUGAUGUUUUACAGAGUGUUGUUUUUGCAUGCAGUUGGAAGGAAGUUCAUUUGAAAGUCGGCAUCCUGAGGUAACUGAAAUAUUAUUGAAUUAUAUUGCAGGCUGACUAGUACAACCCUACUUAAUUAAUCUUUUCGUAGCGAAAACGCAUUUCGGAAUUUUGGCCGACAUUUCAUGAGUUAGCCCACCUACUGUAAGCAGUCACUUUUGAGGAAUGUACCUUAUGGAGACGGUCGAUAGGGUGCUUGAUGGAAAGCCGGCACCCUGACGUGACUGGAAUAUUUUGGUAUUAUGCAAUUAACACGUACUGGGACAGACGGUGACCAAUCGCAGAAUCCCUUGUUAGACACAGCUUAGAAGUUGUUUUUACACGACGGUCUGGAGCACCAGCCUCGGAAAUCUACACAAUGAACGUUCCAGUUUCCCAUAGAAUUUCAUUUUCCUAAUCAAAUUUCCAUUUUUCAGUUCAUAUAUUCUGUGUAAGUAAAAACAUGCACUCAAUUACGCCCUUAAGUAGAAAUCCAUAUAGACCACAUGACAUCUUGCAGCGGUUGUGAACUAUUCAUAGAAAGCAUUACUAAACAUAUAGUGGGUGGGCUAACUCAUGAAAUGUUAACCGACAUUCUGAAAUGCGUUUUCGCUUCGAAAAGAUGAAUUAAUUAGGGUUGUUAAACGAAUUAGCUUACAGCAUAAUUCUAUAAUAAUACAGUUACCUCUGGAUGUCGGCUUUCGAACGAACUUAUUUCCGACUGCAUGCAAGACCUAUACUCUGUAAAAAAUAACUACCUAUGUAGCAUGUAUUCUUCUCAUUGAUUUUCGGUGCCCUUAAAUGUUCAAUUAUAUUUCAUGGAAAACAUCAAAAAAAUCUUCCUUCUUUUACCCAUUUGGUAGAAAAUGACGUCUUAUUUCAAUUUUAUACUCCAAGGAAGGGUAUAAUCUGGUUUUAAAAGAAGUUUCUAAUUGUGGGAUUUUUUGAUAUCGGGAAAAGGCCGUUCAUAAAACUUCAUGUCUCUGCGUUUACCAGUGUAGCUUUUAAAGUUAACAAUAGGGCUCAAAUCCACUGCUAAAUCUUAUAAGCCCCAUUAGUCUGCCCUUAAUACGGUAUAGAAAUGUAUGGUUUUCUGUACGCGGAAAAUAUAUGACUUGUAGUUUGCAAACCCUCAAUGCAAGUGUUAAGUCAACUCAGGUUCAAAAUUAUUCGGGAAUUGGAAAAGUUUCAAACCGAAUUAUAUCCUUUCUUUGAGUAGAAAAUUGGAAGAAGACGUCAUUUUCUACCAAAUUGGUAAAAUAUUGAAUAUUUUUAUUUAUGUUUUCCAUGGAAUAUAAUUGAAUUUCUAGGGGCAUCGAAAAUCAAUGAGAAAAAUGCAUGCUACAUAAUAGUCAUUUUUUACAGAGUAUAGUUUUUGUAUACAGCCGGAAGGAAGUUCGUUCGAAAACUGGCAUCUUGUGAUAACUGAAUUGUUAUAGAAUUACGCUGCGGGAUGUUCAGUUUUUUCAAAUCUACUUAAUUAAUCUUUUUUAAAACGCAUUUCGGAAUUUCGGUUGACAUUUCGUGAGUUAACCCACCUACUGUAUAGAUACGAUGCUAUCUUAGUGAAUAUGCACGGCCUAAAAAAUCUCAGUAUUAGAAAUCUUCUUAUAAACCGAAAGUGGCGCUUUCUUUAAGUGUAAAAUCUGAAGAAGACGUGAUUUGCCAUCAAAUAAGCACAAGAAAGCAUAUUUUAUGCAUGUAUUCUACAAAAUUAUGUUUGAAAUUUUGAGGGCGGCGAAUAUCAAUAGAAAAAAUGCCUACCUCUUGAGUAGUCAUUUCCUAUCGAUUGCAGCCAAAUAGACCCGAUCUGUUCCCCGGCUCCACACGAUCCAGGUGCCGAAGAAUGGGUGAGAGAGAUCUUGGCUCUCUCAAAAGCGAGGCUGCCAUGAGGGCUGCAUUGAGAAGGAGCCGCUGCAGUCUGACCUGCUGAUAUGACUUACAGUUACUAACCGAGCUCAUGAAAUCCUGUCCAAAAUUCUGAAAUUCGUUUUCGAUUAGGAAGAAUUACUAGGGUGGGACUGUAUUAAUGAUUAUCAUGCGUUACAAUCCUAUAGUAUUUCAGACUCGCCAGAAUGUCGGCCUUUGAAUACACUUCUUUUCGACCUCCUGUAGAAACUGCACUCGGUAAAAAAAUGGCUAUUUAUGGAGCAUGCAUUUUUCCUAUUGACUUUCGAUGAUUUUAUAAAUUCCAGUGUAUUUUUUGGAAAAACGUACAAAAUAUGCUUUCUGUUACUCGUUCGGUAGAAAAUUACGUUGUCUUCACAUUUUAUACUCGAAGAAAGGAUACAUUUCGGUUUUCCAAAAGUUUCUAUUUAUGAGAUUUUUUAAGACCACGCAAUGUCCAUUCAUGCGGCAUCGUACUUAUGCGUUUAUUAAUGCUCCUCAUGAUAGUUACAAUAUAAUCCGCAUCAAUUGCAGAACUUUAUGAGCUCUGUAUAAUAUCUUCUUAAAGAUUCAAAUGAAUAUAUGGUUUUCCCUACUCGGAAAGCACGCACCUUGUAGGUUGAAAUCUCUAAACGCUAAUGCGACGGCCGAUCUGGCUUAAAAUUAUUCGGAAAUCGAAAUAUACCCUUUUUUCGGGCAUAAAAUGUAAAGACAACGUGAUUUUCUACCAAAGCAUAUUUUUGUGCGCGUUUUCUAUAAAAUGUAUUUGAAUUUGCAUGACAGUCGAAAAUCAAUACGAAAAAUGCAUACUAUUUAAGUAGUCACUUUUUAUCGAGUACGAUUUUUGCUGUAGGUCAGAAAGAAGUGCAUUCAAAAGCCGCCAUCCUGGCGAGUCCGAAGCAUUAUAGGAUUAUGCCGUAUCGGAAACAGUAUUACAACCCCUCCUAAUUAAUCCUUUCUAAUCAAGAACGCAUUUUAGAAUUUCGGCCAACAUUUAACGAGAUCGGCCGCUCACUGUACCUGGCCAAUUAGCAACCCUUCAAGCCACCGCCUUCAGGCGGUGGCGGUAGCCUGUACAAGCCCACACAAUCGGAAUGAGAUUGGCCUCAUUACUUGACCUGGCGUGAGCCGACGCCUAACGCGCGUCACGUGCCCAUUUGGAAAUAGUCAGGUACUGGCACAAACUCAACUCUACUCGGCUACUGCUUGUCCUUGGUCAGUACUGUCCCCGGUAUAGUUUAGCGCAAAGGCCGCACAACUAGUUUAUAGGAGCCGCUAACGCCCUCCCAUAAUGACGCGUACUCGCCAUUUGCGACUGCAGUUGAGGGUAGGGUAGACUUUUAAUUCCAGAUCCUGCAACCUUGCACUAGGUUCAAGUUCAGGUUGGGUCAGGGGUAAAUACAAUAGGAAUGACUUUCUAGGUUCCCCUUUUAUUUCCUUCAUUGAUUCUUCCAUUCAGUGAGUAAUCAUCGGUAUGUGCCGCCUGCGCGGGCUCUAGCCGUCAGGGGAACAGCUGCCUCUUUUUCCAUCCGGUAAUAAGGCCAGUUUCGUGAACACCGCCUACUCCAUGCUUGCUCUUUCUAUCUUAGUGUCUCCAAGCUCUGGACUUCCUUCACGGCAACAACAUCAUCCAUCGAGACAUCAAGUCGGACAACAUACUUCUCGGACUGGACGGCUCUGUGAAGUUGACAGAUUUUGGCUUCUGCGCUCAGUUGAACGCGGAGCAGUCCAAACGGUCGACCAUAGUUGGGACUCCCUAUUGGAUGGCUCCGGAGGUCGUCUCACGGAAACAGUAUGGACCCAAAGUUGACGUCUGGUCCCUGGGCAUCAUGGCUCUCGAGAUGAUUGCUGGCGAACCACCCUACCUCAAGGAGAUACCCCUAAAGGUUAGUUACUUUCCCCUGCCCACAGUAUCCGGUUGUACUCUCAAUGGCUAGGCCCCCUUGUGUUCCACCCUUGUGUCUUUUUGUCAGAUUGAAAGCAGUUUUGGGGCCCCUACAUCCUCCUCC